AAAGCCACCACUAGUCGCCCCCAGUGCUCCUGUAGCCUCUCACUGCUUCCAAUUUCAUUCUCACUAGACUUAACGUCACGUCCGCACUUGAACUUGAAUUUUAUCCCAUUGUACAGAGUCAGCCUCAGCCACACAGACACAGCGAGCGCCCAGAGAAGUGGGACUCCGCCAUCUUCACAGUUAAAAGAAGAGGAGAAAAAAAAAGGCUGCAGGUCUUGUUUUACUUUCAAAGAAAGGUGGAGGUCCUUGCGCUCCUCAGUGCACGACAAGGGAGCAAGUGUGAAGAGUUAGAGAGGCGGCACUGGGCGACACAAGCACUGAGUGGAGAAGAGGAUCCCGAGAUCGCUUGGCCAACCUGAGAGAUCGCUGGAUUCUUCUUACCAAUUUCCUAAUUGUUUUAUUUUUAUUUAAGAGGCAAAAUUCCAAGUCCACACCUCAUCUACAGCCUUGUAGAAGACUGGCAUUCAGCGUGACCAAGCUGUCAAAUCGCGGCACAGGACAGCGCUUUUGAUUGUCCAGAAAGGCAGGGAGAAGAUUACAGAGGUUUGCUCACGCCUGUCACUCACAGGCGUAACACAUCACGGAUAUUUAUUUCCUGCUCUUUGCAGACCUCUCUCAUCACACACCUUUUGUAGAUGUUUUGACUUAGAGGACACUGAAGGGGAGUCUGCGCGCCCCCAGGUCGGGUCAUCGGAAGACCAGAGUGGUCUGCAGCCUCGGCGCGAAGGUACUUUCCGUACUGUGAGCGAAGGAGCCGGGCUGGAAACAAGGAGUUCCCAGGAAAAAAAAGUUACUGCAGGAAAAGGGAAGAGUAAAGCAGGAAAACCAUCGUCCCCAGUGCAGGUCUCCGGGCAAUGCCAGUGUAGAUGCGGGGCAAUGUCCCGUCGCAAGCAGGGGAAUCCGCAGCAUUUGUCGCAAAGAGAGACAAUACCGCACCCUGACCAUGUGGACAUCAUCCGUGUCGUGGUCGACACCCCCUCGCCUGACCUCGGCUUCACCUGCCCGCUGCCGUCCGGAGUGGGCGACCACGACCUGCUCACCUGUGGCCAGUGCCAGAUGAACUUUCCCCUGGGGGACAUCCUAGUCUUCAUCGAGCACAAGCGGAAGCAGUGCCAGACUUUGGGUGGGGGCGCCGGCUGCUACAACAAAAUGGGGGAGCCGGGAAGCCCCUCGCCGAGGCCCGAGCCCAGGAAAGUGGUGGAGCCGGUGGAAAUCGGGAUCCAGGUGACGCCCGAAGAGGACGACGAGAGAAUGCUGACACCUACUAAAGGAAUCUGCCCCAAGCAGGAGGGCACCCCCGCAGGUAGGGACGAGCCAUCCAGCUACACCUGCACCACCUGUAAACAGGCCUUCCUCAGCGCCUGGUUCCUGCUGCAGCACGCCCAGAACACGCACGGCCUACGCAUCUACCUGGAAGGCGGCCCCACCGGCAACGCCCUCACGCCACGCAUUACCCUGCCCCCGGCCGUGGGAGCCGAGUCGCUGCCGCAGCCCCCCCUCACUGGCUUCCUGGGGGAGGGGAGCCCCUUCCAUCUGCUGCGCAUGGCUGCGCCGCUCCUGCGCGAGCCGCCAGGCUUUGUGGAGAACCGCCUGCCCGGCACGCCCCCCUUUGUGAGCCCCCCUCCUCGGCACCACCUGGACCCGCACCGCCUGGAGCGUCUCAGUGCCGAGGAGAUGGGUCUGAUCUCCCAGCACCCCAGUGCCUUCGAGAGGGUGAUGCGUCUGACACCCAUGGCAAUGGAGUCCCAGUCCAUGGACUUCUCUCGCCGGCUCAGAGAACUGGCGGGAAACAACAGCUCAAGUCCCCCGCUGUCACCGAGUCGCACAAACCCUAUGCAUCGCCUACUCAACCCCAACCCCUUCCAAGCGAGCCCUAAGUCGCCCUUUUUGAGCACCCCUCCUCUGCCGCCCAUGCCCCCUGGGAGCGGCACCCCGCCGCAGGUGCAAGGUAAGACCAAGUCCUGCGAGUUCUGUGGCAAGACCUUCAAGUUCCAGAGUAAUCUAGUGGUCCACCGACGCAGCCACACGGGGGAGAAGCCCUACAAGUGCCAGCUCUGCGACCACGCCUGCUCCCAGGCCAGCAAGCUGAAACGGCACAUGAAAACGCACAUGCACAAGGCUGGCUCGGUGACCGGCCGCUCCGACGACGGCAUGUCUGCCACCAGCUCCCCGGAGCCGGGGACCAGUGAUGUCACAGGCGAGGCUGUAAAAAACAGGGAAGGCGACUUCAGAGGGGAGGGCAUCGGCCCGGACAAUGAGGAGGAGGAGGAGGAGGAAGAGGAGGAGGAGGAGCUGGAGAAUGAGAGCAGGCCGGAGUCAAGCUUCAGCUUGGACUCUGACUUCUGCCGCCCGCGGGAGAACGGUGCCAAGCCGCCGGCACUCUCCCUCGAUAAGAUGGUGGAAAACGCGUCCCUCAACACUCUGCAACAAUACGGGAGCCUGAUCGUCGACAACCGGAAAAGGCUGCCCUUCUCCACCAGGGGCCAUGAGGGCCCACAGGAGAACAGGGACAGGCACCCUGAGAGGGGGGAGCUCGAGCCAGUGCAAAGGACCGCCGUGAACGGCAGGAACUGUGGCUCGGGGGACUCGCUCCCUAGCCUUUUUCCACGCAAGCCCACACCCAUCACCAGUCCCAGCCUGUCCAACUCAUCCGCCAAGAGGAUCAAGAUCGAGAAGGACCUGGACAUGCCAACAGCACCACUCAUUCCCUCAGAGAACGUGUAUUCACAGUGGCUGGUGGGCUACGCCGCCUCGCGCCAUUUCAUCAAAGAUCCCUUCCUGGGUUUCAGCGACUCCAGGCAGUCGCCCUUCGCCACCUCUUCGGAGCACUCCUCGGAGAACGGCAGCCUGGCCUUCUCCACUCCUCCGGGGGACCUGCUGGAUGGCACGGCGAGCGGGGGAAGCACACCCCACCUCGGCGGGCCCGGCCCGGGCCGGCCCAGCUCCAAGGACGGCCGUCGCAGCGACACAUGCGAGUACUGCGGCAAGGUGUUUAAGAACUGCAGCAACCUAACGGUGCACCGGCGCAGCCACACGGGCGAGCGACCCUACAAAUGCGAGCUAUGCAGCUACGCCUGCGCGCAGAGCAGCAAGCUGACGCGGCACAUGAAGACGCACGGCCAGCUGGGUAAGGAGGUGUACCGCUGCGACAUCUGCCACAUGCCCUUCAGUGUGUACAGCACCCUGGAGAAGCACAUGAAGAAGUGGCACGGGGAUCACCUGAUGACGAACGAGGUGAAAAUCGAGCAGGCAGAGAGAACCUAAAGUACGAGCCAAGGGCACGGCUAGACGCCGCCUCACAGAUACUCAUGCUGUAGUUUAACAUGACGCCUAAGAAGCUGCCAACUGAGAAAAAAAAAAGAAAACAGGAAAUGAGAAUUAAUGCUGGUCUAAUCUGCCUUGUCUGGCUUUUGUUUCAGCAAUCUAUCAGAGUAUGAAUUAGCGGUAAUGAAUAAGAAAUUCGUCAUGCCUUCUAACUGUGCAAUAAGUUCUCUAUUUAUUUGGUUUGUUAUUUUGGCCUCUGCAGAUAUAUAUAUAUUUUUUUGAUUUCAUUUGUGUUUUGUUUUUAACUGUAAUUGCUGGGAGUUUUGCUGUUUAAACCCAGACGAUGUCCUGAGAUUUUAGCGAAAAACAACGCAGUUGUUUUUAGCCCACCUUUUAGCCGCUGCUUAUCGGAAAACCUGCAUAUUUUAAACUACACGUGUCACUUCUGGAGGAAAAGCCAGAUCUAAAGACGAGAUGUAGCCGUGAGAAUGCCGCCGUGUUCACGAGAGCACACACUGACUGUAAACAUAUCAGGUCUAACUGGGAACGUACCACUGAACAUCAGCUUUGGGCGGGGAGGGGGUGGGGGGCAAUCUGGAGGUCUGUCGAUCUCCUCUUUAGAACGGGAUGAACACCAAGGCAGCUGCUCUGAGGUACCAGGUACCGAGCCAAGUGGGGCGCGACCAAGAAUGCGGGCUGGCAGGGGACUCUUAGAUGUGUCCUUUGAACACACACGUUUAAUCCACGCCAACACUGCCAUUGGGAGCCGUGACACAGCAUUCAGGAUGACCCGUUUAUAAACGUGUGCAUAAUCUCAGGAUAAACAGCCCAGCGGCUCACUGGGUGACUUCUCACCCGCCCAUGGGCGCAUCUCCAUCUCGAUAUACAGCUCAUGGAGUGACGAUCCACUCCAGAGCAGUUCUCUUUCUGAACCCUUUUCCAGAGGGAGGGAACUUGUUCCUUCCACCUGGAAACGCCGGUGAGGGUGUAGGUGCCAGCUGGAAAGGCCGUGGGAGCGAAUGAUUCUAAACCAUUCCCCUGUUUUGCUUGUAGCAUUCGAAUUUUAAACUCUAAUGACUUCAUGUCAUACUUGGCAAGGGAGCAUCUAUUUUCUGAGAUGGGUUCUGCGUUUAGCCCCCAUGAGCUACCCCAGCUUUUCAAGCAGAUGUUUUGGGCAUCGAAUACUGAAAUGAAAUCAGCAAGUCUCGUUACGUUGAGAAAUCAUGCCGUGAUAUUACUUGAAUACAUUUGCGCUAUGCAUUCACAGCUUAGACGGCAGAUUAAUGUGAAAUACAGCCCUAGAGUCUGACAAAAUUCAGUUUCCCCUGCUGACCUGGUAACCUCAACCCCAAGGCCCAGUGCAUCACCAAACUGCAUUUCCUGUAGAACUGAGUGUGUCUUUCCUGUCCCUUAGGAUUUCCACUCAUGUGUAGUUGACCAUGAUAAGAAGUAGCAUCUUGUAUGGACUAAACAACUGGCCCUGGCAACCAGCUGGCCCUAGAUCAACAUCUACCAGGUCACCAACCACCAGCUGGCCCUAGAUCAACAUCUACCAGGUCACCAACCACCAGCUGGCCCUAGAUCAACAUCUAUCAGGUCACCAACCACCAGUGGGCCCCUAGAUCAGCAUCUACCAGUUCACCGACCACCAGCUGCUCAUAGAUCACCAUCUACUUGUUAACCAACCACCAGCUGUCCCUAGAUGACCAUCUACCAGUUCACCAACCAGCAGCUGUCCCUAGAUCACCAUCUACCAGCUAAUUAAAUGUAUGGUUUGUUUUGGCCAACAAAAAUAUCUGGAGAAAGACAACGUGUGUUAGGUGGACUGAGCUGGCUUGGCAGAGGGACGGUGGGGAGCUGUAGCAGCUGACACAGGUGCGAGAGGACAUGCGGAGGCGCAGAUCGCAGCGAUGCCACCAUGACUGGACACUUUGCAUACUGCCACCAGUUUGACAAGAGCGUGCCUUUAACAAUGAUCUUCCGAUUGAUCGUCUCCUGAGACAAACGCGACACACGUCUGUGAUGCAAACAAAAGCUAUCCUCCAUAACCCUAACCUACUCAUGAAUUUAUGGAGCGAUGCCCGCAGAACAGCGUGUAGAUGUGCACGCAGAUGUACAUAUUAAGGCACAAGCGAAAGGAAUUAUCGAUUUCAGGACAAGACUGCAUGCCAACUUCGGAGAGGACUGUUAGACCACAGGUAGUCACUGAAGAGACUGGACAGGAAUCAGGAACAACAGAAAGUAGGGAAAAAAGAAAGAAAAAAUGAAAAAAGAAAACAAAAAAGGACAAACUUAGUGCACUCUGUCUCAAAAUACGUUUACAGUAUUGAAUCAAGUACAAGGGUAAAUCUUAUCUGUGUGUGUUUGUUUUAAAUGAGUAUUUUUUUCAAGUUUGCUUAAAGGUUUCUCUGAAUGCCAUAGUGGCUGUGUAUAUUGUUUUUUUGGUGAUGGGUUUUAGUAUAUAUAUAAAUAUAUAUAAAUCUAUAUCACAUUUCUCUUGUUUACUGUAAAAGUAUACCGGUAUUUGUAAUAUUUCAGAAUGCCUGGGCAUUUUUAAAAAAAAAAAUUUUAAGUUUUUUUUUCUCAGCCCAAUUUCAAUUGUGGGUCUAUUAAGAUGUUUUGUCACUGUAAGUGUAAAAGUCUUGAGUUUUAGUAAAACCUUUAUCCUUC